AGGAGCUAGCAGUGCUGUCAGUCUUUGGGAAUAUGCAGGUAGAACUUGAAGUGCAUCUCCAAAUCUUAUUGGCUGUUGGCUUGGCCGUUCUCUGUUUCUGCCUGGUGAUUGGCUGCAUCGUCUGCCGUUGGCUUCAUAAGUCCCGCCUCACAGAUGAUAAGAAGGCGGGGCUUUCCUUACCCCCUCUACCUGCAGAUCAUGUGACUGUGACUCUAAGCCCCUCCCCUUCCAUCAACACUCUGCCAAUCAAACAGCAGUAUGAGGAGCUGGACGGAGACGUGCUGGACUAUCCCUCAUUUAACAGCAGCUCGACACCGUCAGAAGACGAUCUUUCUUUACCAUCUUAUCCUCACAAGUCUCGUUUCAAUCUACGGCGGCUCAGCUCCCCCGCCGUUCCCUACAAACCCUCUAAACCUGUCCGUGGUCGUUCCUCACUCCCGACCAUUCCUAAGCUCGGCCUGGUUGGGAAGUCGUGCCGGGCGGUUGAUCACAAAAGCGCUCUUUCACAUCACGUGUUUGUGUCCGUUCAGAGUCAGAGUUCCCAGGAUGCAGUGGGGGACGUCGGGGCUUCUGUUUGUCCGGUGCGCUUUCUGGGUCAGAUCCUGAUUCUGCUGCAGUAUCAGACGCUGGCGCAUCGCAUGAAGGUGAUGGUGAGGAAAGCUGAGAACCUCCCCAAACUCACCAGGAUGCCUGGCACUCCAGAUCACUAUGUCGUCAUCAACCUGCGUCAGGACGGUAAAGUCAUCAGCACUAAGGAGACGAAGGGCGCCAGUGGAGCGAACGCGGUUUGGAACGCACCGUUUCUGUUUGACCUGCCGGCAGGUGAUAUCAGCGGGCUGCCGCUGCUCCUGGAGCUCCUCGUGAUGCAGGGAAGGCUGUACACGAAGAGUUGCAUUCUGGGUCGUGUUCUGAUUGGCUGCGGAGGUUCUGAAGCGGGAAACCAGCACUGGAGUGAGAUGUGCAGCAGGCCGCAGGUGGAGACGGCAUGCUGGCACGAACUCCAACCAAACUCCUUAUAGGCCAGCAAAGUUUGAUUGACAUGCCCCCGAGCCAAUCGAAUCGCUCACUGUUACACUUCUCGUUUCUUUAUGGAUUUUUGGGAUGGAACUGCGGAACCUGGUUUAAGGAGACUUGAGGAAAGUUUGUGUUGAAUUCUAAUAAUAUCUCUAAUGUACGGCAUCACUGCAGGGUGUCAUUAUGGCUCGUUAACUAAAAUGUCAGAUGCUGCUUUUGCACUAGUGAAGUGAUCGGUGUUGUUGCUGCUGCUGUUAAUUAA